CUGAGAGUCUUCACUGUUGUGGAAAUAUAUAAUCAUAUGCUACUAUGCAUUUCCAUUCAAUUCUCUAUUCAGUGAUAUCUCAUUGGUAGCUUGAAUUCAGCCCUGGUAGGAGUAUUCACACCCAAACAUAGGUACGUUAUAAAUCAGGUUUAUUAUUUUGUCGAUUGUCUGCACCAGGGGUUGAUCAUGGCCCAAAUCCAGCCCAACUACUUUUGUAAAUAAAGUUUUAUUGCAACACAGCCAUGCCUACUCAUUUGCAUACCAUCUGUGGCUGCUUUCACCCUACAAUAGCAGAGCUGAGCAGGUACAAUUAUAUGGCCUGCAAAGCUUGACCUGUUUACUAUCUUGCCCUUUACAGAAGAAACUUGCCCACCCAUGGUCUAGCCUUAACAUCUAACGGAGGAGAUGUUAAUAAUGCAAUUAAAUGUAAACACAUAUGUCCUGUCUCUAGCUACUACAUUGUAAACAGCACACACACCAAAAAAAAUUGAGAAAACAUACUGCCGGUAUUUGAAAACUGAUCCAAUACAGCAAAUAAGUCGAUAUGUCAUUAGUGAAUAAGUGAAAUUCCAACAUUUUAUUCUUUCACUUUUUUACUUUCUUCCUCCUGAAAAUGUCAACAUUUAUGUUGGAGCUACAUUUGUUCAUCCAUAACAACCAUAGAUUGGCUAUGGGUAGGAGUUAGGCAGGACCCAGGAAAAGCAUACUGUUAAGAAUGAACUGGCUCUUUGGAAUUUACAAUAAAGAGUAUUGUAGAAUUUUAUUAUUUUAUAUUUGUAUUGGUAAAACUUAUAAUACACACACAGAGGCAAACACAUUUUGCUUUACAAGCACGCGUACUGUUUUGUUUCCCCUCCAGCAGAAUGUAAACUCCUUGAGAGGAAGAAUGUUCUUUUAUCCCAGUGCUUAGAACACCUGACAUGUAGCACGUGCACAGUCAACAUAGGACGGGAGAGAACAGAUGAGCAUAGUUGGGAACCCCUGGUUUCAUGCAUUGACUGUCAGACCUUAAAUUUCCAGCUCCACCAUUAUCCACAUGUGUGGCCUUGAGUAAAUUAUUUAACCCCUUUGAACCCUGGCUUCUUUAUUUAAAAAGAGGAGACAAUUCUCUUACCUCACAGGGAGGUAAGAGAAUGCCUCUACCUGGCACCUACUAGGGUUUUCCACAAAUGGGAGUUUCCUCCUCACCCUCCACCCCUGCCACACACAUACUCCUUGGAGACCCAGCCCUGCUGCUGUCACAAAUUUCAGUGAUGUCACAGCCCCCCUCCCUGGAAGCUCCAGCACAGCCCUCCUGACAGCCAGCCUGAGUGCUGGCCGAACUGAGAGGGGCAGGGUGCAGGUGGUACCUGAUUCCAGUCUUGCCCCAGAUAUCUGUCUUUGAGGCCUCACGGCCCCAGUAUGAGUCCAUCAGCAAGGAAGAGGCCCAAGAAUAGAAUGGUUUCCAAGCUACAAGAUGAAGAACCACGGGACAAGAUACCGCAACCUGUCAGCAAAGCAAUUAGGCGGAACCGACUUAAGAUGGUAUUAAAAAACUUGUCGCUCUUGAAGCUGCUCAAGAGCUCAAACCCCCGGAUCCAAGAACUGCAUAACUUGGCCAAAAGGUGUUGGAAUUCAUUGCUCAGAGUUCCAAAGAUCCUUGGGAUCUCCACCAGGAGCAGUAAUGUCUGCGAUAGAGUGGAACAAGAUAAUGAAGAGCUCCAAGAGGCUGGGUGCCCUGAGAAGACACUGGAAUCCAAGAAAUUACAGUCCACAGGGGAGCUCAAGCAGGGGUUGGGGGAGAAGAACAAGGCACAGGAGUCACCCGCAGCAGUGCUCCAGGGCAAAGAGCAGAUGGAGCCUGAGCUCCCAAGGACAUCGAAGGAUCAUGGCCUGACCACUUUCCCUGGAGCCCAGGGAAGGCAAUCACCUAAAGGAGAACCCCGCACAUCGAAGGAUCAUGGCCUGACCACUUUCCCUGGAGCCCAGGGAAGGCAAUCACCUAAAGGAGAACCCCGCAUCAUCUUCCUGAAGACCUACCAGCACAAAACUCCCAUGGGGGACAAGCAGCAGCUGGAGGCAGCUGACCAGUGGAUCUGGUUUGAGGGGUUGCCCACCCGAAUCCACCUCCCCGGGCCUCGGGUGAUGUGCAGAUCGUCCACCCUGCGCUGGGUCAAGCGCUGCUGCACGCGCUUCUGCUCUGCGUCACUCGAGCUGCCCAUGUGCCAUCCGUACAGAGUGUGACGACACCACUGCCAGGCCGGGGUGGUGUGACCUUGGACGGGAGCCAGAGGUGUGACAACGGAGACGGAGACGGUGCAAUCAUCUGAGCGGGAGGGAUGGGCGGGAAAAUUCACGAGUGUACAAAUAAAAUCUCCCAUAGGGACUGAAGAAUAUUACCGCC